AUGCAGAACGACGAAGGAACUCUUGUGGAGCUCUACGUGCCAAGGAAAUGUUCCUCAUCAUCGAGAAUUAUCGCGGCAACCGAUCAUGCUGCUGUGCAAAUCGACUUGGUGGAUGUCGAUACUAAAACUGGACGAAUGGUACCAGGCAAAGUUAUCAGAUAUGCAAUCUGUGGGGAGAUUCGACGUAUGGGUGAAUCAGAUGAUUGCAUUUUACGCCUGGCAAAACGCGAUGGUUUAAUACCGAGUAAUCUGUGA